CGUGGUUGACAUGGCGGAGGACCCGCAGGGCGGCUGUGCGGGUGUCCCACAGCACCCAGUCCCCAGUGCGAACCUCAGCAGCUUUCCAGAGUACGAGCUUCCUGAGUUGCACACGCGCGUGUUCCACGUGGGCGCCUUUGGGGAGCUGUGGCGCGGCCGACUAGGGCCCCAGGAUUUGUCGCUGAGCGAACCGCAAGCAGCCGCGCAGCCGACGGACGGAGGAGCAUCCAACGAUGCCUUUGAGGAUGCUGCGGUAGCUGCGGAUCUGGGCUGCAGUCUGGACGCGGCGGCAGAGCUGAGGGUCGUGUGCGGCCUUGAUAAACUGAGAUGCCUCGGUGAAGAUGAAGACCCAGAAGUCAUCCCAGAAAACACUGACCUAGUGACUUUAAGUGUGAGGAAGGGGCUCUUGGACUAUCGGGAAGAAAACAUCACAAUAGACCGUGCUUGUAGACAAGAAACAUUUGCUUAUGAAAUGGAAUCUCAUGCACUAGGAAAAAAACCUGAAAAUCCAGCAGACAUGAUUGAAGAAGGAGAGUUUAUCCUAUCUGUGAACAUCUUAUAUCCUGUUAUAUUUAAUAAGCACAAAGAACACAAACCAUACCAGACAAUGUUGGUAUUGGGCAGUCAGAAGCUCACGGAACUGAGAGAUUCAAUUUGCUGUGUCAGUGACCUCCAGAUCGGUGGAGAAUUCAGCAACGCUCCAGACCAAGCCCCUGAGCACAUCAGCAAAGACCUAUACAAGUCUGCUUUUUUUUAUUUUGAAGGAACAUUUUACAAUGACAAAAGAUACCCAGAAUGCAGAGACUUGAGCAGAACUAUUAUAGAGUGGUCAGAGUCCCAUGAUCGAGGAUAUGGAAAAUUUCAGACUGCCAGAAUGGAAGACUUCACAUUUAAUGACUUGCAUAUUAAACUUGGCUUUCCUUACUUAUACUGUCACCAGGGAGACUGUGAGCAUGUUGUUGUCAUCACAGACAUAAGGCUUGUGCAUCAUGACGAUUGCUUGGAUAGAACACUUUAUCCCCUUCUUACCAAGAAGCAUUGGCUAUGGACCAGAAAAUGUUUUGUCUGUAAGAUGUAUACAGCUAGAUGGGUGACGAACAAUGACACCUUUGCACCAGAGGAUCCAUGUUUCUUUUGUGAUGUUUGCUUCAGAAUGCUCCACUAUGAUUCCGAAGGCAACAAACUAGGGGAAUUCCUUGCUUAUCCUUAUGUUGACCCAGGAACCUUUAAUUAGAGAGUGUGUGUGCAUAUAUGUAUACAUACAUACAUACAUACAUAUACAUAUAUAUAUAUAUAUAUAUAAUUCUUUUUCCUACCAUAGUUAAUAUUACAUUAUUUAUUACAAUUUACUUAAGUUGUUGGUGUUACUGAGAUGUAGAAAUGCUUUUUUGUAUUUCGAAUAUAUAAAUGUUGUCAGAAACACAACUUCUGAUUCUUUUCUCCGAGUCUUAUGCAUUCUGUACCCUGAAUGGAUUUUGCUAAUGAUGGAAUGCAGUUAAUAAUGCAUCACGUAUGAUAGUCUUUUUAAAGAAAUCUUUGAAGGAUGUGAGAGCUACACCUUCUACUGUGAAGCUUCCAAGGUAAAGACCCUUCAAAUAUCUGUAGUAAGGAGAAAUUAAAAACAAAUUAUUUGAUAAACAACACAAAAUCACGAGUAGUUACAAUUUAACAUUGGGCUCUUAUAUCUUUAAAGCAGACAUUAGGCACAUGAGAUGACAAUGAAUCUAAGUCACACAGUGUUAGUGAGGUCUCGUUUCCUGACAGUCACAGAGAUCGAUACACUGAGUUUAGAAUAUUAUUUAAAGCCAUGGCUGGAGAAAACACUGGCAGACUUUACAUUAGCAUGGACAUACCAUGAAGCUUGGCUCACUUAUACUUUCGUCAUGUAAGAAUUGCUUAAGGAGAAGAGCUUUGUCCUGGCUCAGCUCGUGCAGUCUUCUGUCCCUUCAUGAUAGCAAAGGGUUGUCCUUCUGAGUUAUAGAAAAAGAACCUUUCUAAACAAAUCUAUCAAAAGAUUUUGUGCAAACUUUUGGGGUAGAAAAUUAACAUGUAUAAUAGUAAUAUAAAACAGACUUUGAACUAUUACUUUCUCUGUCGUAGGUUUAAAUUAAAUUCAGCCGAAUCCCACAUUUCUCUGGAUGGCUAAGAACAAACAAUUAUCAUAUAAAUAAACCAAUGAAGCCUAAACAUCUAUUUUAAAAGAUCUUGACGUUUAAAAGAAGGUGAAGCACGUCUCAUGGACGUAAAUGUUACAAAUCCAAUUAUGGCGACUGACAUGGAGCUGACAAAGGGCCUGCUUGUGAGGAAUAAAACUCGUUCGUUGAAGCCCUUGCUGUGCAUACAGGAUGGCAGACUUGUCUUCACCUGGCAUCUUUACUGAGAGAUUGAAAACUGAGAAAUUACAGUCGGGAUGGAAUGUAUGAGAAAAAUAAAAAAAAAAGGCAUGGUGGCACACACUUGCAAUGCUAUUAUUCUCAGGAGCUUGGAGAAAAGAAAAAUCAGAAAUUCAAGAUCAUUGCCUAUACGUCAAGAUCAAAAUCAGGCUGGACUACAUACAUGAGAACUGAUUCAGUUUUUAAAUUGUUUUCAGAGAAUACCAUUUCCUACUCUCCCACCACUCUGAAUGAACACCCAAAAAAUCUUAAUCUAAGGCCAAAAAUGGUGGUAUACUUUAAUCCCAGAGCGCCAGAGCCAGAUGACUGAAUUCAACAUCAGCCUGGUUUACACAGCAAGUUCCAGGCCAACCAGAACUAUAAAUUUCAAAUAUAAAUCAAUUAUAUUUGAAUUAGUACACUUUUCCAAAUUACUACUUUCCUAUGUUCCUCCUUCCCCAUAUCUCUAACUCUGGAUUAUUACAAUAGACUUCCAUCGUUGAAAAAAAUCCAAAUUUAUUCAAAUAAAUAAUUCCCCUCCCAAAUUCUGGGAGCAGGAAGGAUCAUCAUACAA